AUGACUCGUCAAUCUUUGUCGUCAUCGUCUCCUGAUGAGACUCGUCGUCUUCGAUCCACACUCAAGGAGAAAAAGCGCAACAUCGAAAUCAACGACGCCUUUGAGAAACUCCAAAGGCAACUACCUCAUGUUCCAUCUUCUACUCGAUUACCCAAGAUCAAAACACUACGACUCGCGCUUAAAUACAUUGAACAUCUCAACACAAUUCUGAGCGGCGAUAAACAGAUUCGAAAUAGCUAUACGGAACGAGCUCGAUCAGAAGAGUGCGCUAACGGUAACGCUUCGCUUGUGACAUCGUCAUCGCCGACCACGUCCAUGGAAUACUGUCAUCCUCCGGCUCAUCACCUGCUUACUACCAGGCCGCUACUCAAUCCAACAAUAUUCCUACCGUAUUCCUACCACAGCAAUCAUCCUAUUCCCAACACCACCAGAACUACUACUGGUCAUCACAGCCGUAACAUCGCCUUUGUAUGA